AUGUCCAAUUUAAUAACAGCAUUGGAAAACCGGACAAAAAAAGAUCAAUUUGCUGCAAUUAGACCUAGUAGACAUUUAACAUUGUCCUAUGAAGCUAAGCAAGAAAUUUGUGAUGUGAUCCGUUUAAUUGGUGGUGGUAUUAACUGGAAAUUAAUUAAAAAUACAACU